AUUGAUAGUAACACAGACGGGCUUGUUGAUUUCCCGGAGUUUGUGGCCGCCACUCUACAUGUCCAUCAGUUGGAGGAGCAUAAUUCUACAAAAUGGCAGCAAAGAUCACAGGCUGCUUUUGAGAAAUUUGAUGUUGAUAGAGAUGGAUUCAUAACUCCUGAAGAACUUAAAAUGCACACGGGUUUGAAAGGCUCGAUAGACCCACUUUUAGAGGAAGCGGACAUUGACAAAGACGGGAAGAUAAGCCUGUCAGAAUUCCGUAGGCUUUUAAGAACUGCUAGUAUGAGUUCACCAACGGUGAGAGAUUCACGGAGAAAUGUAGCUUUGUAAAAUAUGUAUAAACGGAGAGGUGGACUUCAUCAGAAAAUUUUAUGGGAAGACGACAAUGCUCGUAGACAUGUUCUCUUGUGCUUGCGCGCGCUUGCAUGUCUCAGAAUGGAAGGCUCCCGAUAUGAUGGUGUUUAGAGACACGUAGCCACGUGGCACUGUGUAGCUAGUGGUCGCGUGCCAAGUGUGUUUUGUUGAGUUUCCUUUUGCACUUCACAAAGAAUUUUUGCAUGAAGUUGCUUUUUUCCCUAAACAACCAGUUGCACAUGUCUGUAAUCUGGUAGUUCUAGUGUAUAUUCUUCUUUGUCUCUGUUGUGAGUCUCCAGGUUCUUCCUCCCUUUGAAAUUUCUAAUAUUAUGUCAUAUAUACGACAUAAAUGUAAAUUGGCUGUAUCAAAAGGUUUGUUCUGUAUGAUU